CUAAACCACAACAGUAGAAUCAGUCUUAUAUCCAGUAACGCAUGGUUGUUAUACUCACUGUGGAACCUAAGGGGUUAAUCCUCUACAUUGUGUAAAAAAGGCAGUUUGAUCCUGUCUUCUCUGAUCCUCCCCUUCUUCUACUGCCCCCAAUCCAUCUGCUGAUAGUACAGAUCCCUAGGAGACACUCUGCACAUGCUCAGUUUGUGUGUAUUGCUAGAGACGUUUAUUUUUUCUUGGGAGAGUGCAUGUGAUCAGCAUGGGGUCAAUCAGCACUGUCCAGACAGACGGUCAGGGGUUCUACAUCCUUCUAGAGCAGAAAGAACACUCCUUCUACAAGCUUUAACCAGUGCUCAGCUGAAGUCACAAGACUGCGCUGACUGCUAAUGAGAAAAGGGAUUUAGCAGUUUAUAUUUACUAAAAUAAUUGCACUUCCAUGUUGUGUUUACUGUGGGAGACCAGCUAUAGUGAAU